CCGGGAGACCUGAAUGUUGUAAUGUCGGGCUAGGAGCAUUGAGCGUGUUGUUCAUCGUUAUCUCUUGGUAGAAAGUAAUCAUUUGAAGAACGUCCAGCAUAUUGUGUGGCUGAGUGCCCUUGAAUACGCCCCUCUGGGGGAUGACCGAGUCCUGAAGUUUGCAGAUUACGUCACCGACUACUGGGUAGAACCACCACAACACAACACAGACCUAGAACGACAAAUUACGUGGAGGGGUGGCACAGCAAGAUUGCGAAGAUUCAUCAUGCCUGUGCCUUUUGAAACCCAAACUUUUGGUGUAACACUCUCUCUCGUACUGUGGAGAGACGAUCAACAGGAAAUCACCAUUUUCUGGUACAUACAUGUAGAGCUGGUGAUAGUGCAUGGAUGGCCAACGGUCCAGCAACUCCAUGGAUAUCAAGGGUCCAGAAGGAGACAGAGGCGGCCACAUGGACCAUUGAUGGCAUCCCAAGACCGUGCUACUCAAACCGACCCUGAGGAAUUUGGCACAGUUGCCGAAGUUGACCCCUGCUCCGCAGCUGUAUUAGUUCAGGCUGCACCUGCAGCAUCGCCCACAGCUGCCGGGGAUCCAGAAGUGCCCGUCCCUCAUACAGAGGGCCAGCAGGACUCGGGCUAUGGCAGCCCCGGACAGAUGCAGGCAGGAGCGUACUCCAUUGAAGGGCGACCAGCUGAUUACACUGAGGAAAUGGACAAAGCUCGGGAAGAGGAUGGCCAGUCUGACCAGGUUCAGUUUGAUGGACAGUAGCAAAACCAAAUGAAUCUGAACAACAGGAAUAAUGCCUAAAUAAAAGAACACGGGACCACUCACUGUCUGCUGUUUUGGAACACCUCAUCAACAAUCCUAACCAUGUUAUUUCCUCGCAAGAAACCAACAUUCUCGACACCAAGGUCAACCACUGGAAAAGGAGGACACUUGAAGAGACUAUAGAAAUCCAAAGAAACAAGCACAGAGACUUAACCCCACUGUGCCAUAAUCACAUCAUCAACCAUCUUGUCUUCCCUGUUGCUUGUGUCACAAUAGCCAGCACCUUGUCAUGUCAUGUUUUGUGUCAUGAUAGUUUAAGAUGCUUCUUCUCUUGAAAAGGCUGCCUCGGUGGUCUUGUGGUAGAGCGUCCACCCGAAAAGCGGAAGGUCCGGGGUUCGAUCCUCGGCCACGUCAUACCAAAGACAUUAAAAGAUGGUACUUGUUGUUACCCUGUCUGGCGCUCGGCAUU